AUGGCAAACACAGCACCAGAACAAACCGGCUCUCCGCCGCCUCCGCCAUCGGGGGACGAUCCCGUGUACGGCGGCUUCACGCGCUUCGAAAUCGAGCUCGAGUUCGUCCAAUCCCUUGCGAACCCGCUGUACCUCAAUCACCUCGCGACGCAAAAGCUGCUUGCCCGCCCCGAAUUCGUCGCAUAUCUCGCCUACCUGCAGUACUGGUCCCGACCGCCGUACCUGAAGUACCUCAUGUACCCCGGCCCGACGCUGAAGCACCUCGAGUUGCUGCAGCAGGAGCAGUUCCGGACGGACAUCAUCAGCCCGGAUCUCGUACAGCGGUUGAUCGACGAGGGCAUGAAGGCGGCGAUCGACUGGCAUCGGAGCGAUGCGUGA